GACUCAUGAACCAUAGCUAGAGUAUCAUCUGUGGUCUCAUGAGCUCCGUGAAGACACUGGUGAUUGCCUCUUUGCCUUUUCUAUUCAUUUGGCUGUAAUCUUCCCAAACAGAAGAAAAUUGCGAGCUCGAGAUAGGUAAUGUGAUAAACGCUAUGAAGCAGGAGAGCAAAUAAUACUUUACUUGGAGCAUAACUGCUCGCAACAUGGUGCAGAGUGUACUUGGGACAACAGACAAAACACAGUUGCGAUUUUCACACAGUCGCAAAAUGACUCAUGCAAUACCGUUGAAUCAACUCUCAACAUAUGUGAAGAAGAUGCAGUGGAAGGAGUUCACUCACUGUUUUGCUCCUUGGCCAAUGACAAGACAGUUUCUGCCCUGGUCACAGUGACAGGAUGUAAGACACUACUUCGGUAAUAUUGUAAGUCACAAGUAUGCGAACACUAUUCUACAAUACAGCAG